UUCCGGUUUCUACCAUAAAACUAGCUGCCGUUUGUUUUUCUCUUCUACUGUAUAUAUAUAUAUAUAUAUAUAUAUGUGUUUGUCAAUGUAGUAGACACACACAUUCUGAUCCCUGCUAAAAACAUAGUGCAAUGGCAAGCAGUUCUCAGUCCUUUUCCAGCUUCAAAUCCUACCUCCACGCCCUCUCCGACACCCCAAACCGCCUCCGCCGCCGCGCCUGCUCCGUCUCCACUUCACUGCAAGAAAUGAACAAGGUCCGUUCCCUUUCCGGCUCCGAGAUGAAGCGGUCGCUCGGCUGGCACGACCUCAUCUGCUUCGGAAUCGGCGGGAUGGUCGGCGCCGGCGUGUUCAUCACCACAGGCCGCGCCAGCCGCCUCUGCGCUGGCCCCGCCGUCGUCCUCUCCUACGCCAUUGCCGGCCUCUGCGCACUCCUCUCCGCCUUCUGCUACACCGAGUUCGCCGUCGCCAUGCCCGUCGCCGGCGGCUCCUUCAGCUACAUCCACGUCACCUUCGGCGAGCUCCCGGCCUUCUUCACCGGCUCCAAUCUCAUCGUCGACUACGUCCUCUCCAACGCCGCCGUCGCGCGCGGCCUCACUUCCUACCUGGGCACCGCGCUAGGCCUUCCCGCGAGCACGCAGCUGCGGUUCACCGUCCACAGCCUGCCGAAAGGAUACAAUGAGAUCGACUUGAUCGCGGUGGUGGUAGUGCUGCUCAUCACAAUCGUCAUCUGCUACAGCACGAAGCAGAGCUCGUGGGUGAACAUGUCGCUCACGGCGCUGCACAUUCUGUUCAUAGCGUUCGUGAUCGCGAUGGGGUUCUGGAGAGGGAAACUAAUCAAUUUCACGGAGCCGAGCGAUCCUAAAAACGCAGGCGGUUUCUUCCCCUUCGGAGCGUCGGGAGUGUUCGACGGCGCGGCGGUGGUGUACAUGAGCUACAUCGGGUACGACGCGGUGUCGACGAUGGCGGAGGAGGUGGAGAAUCCGGCGAAGAACAUUCCGAUCGGGGUGACGGGGUCGGUGAUGAUGGUGACGGUAUUAUACUGCUUGAUGGCGGCAUCGAUGUCGUCGCUUCUGCCAUACGAUUUGAUCGAUGCGGAAGCGCCGUUUUCGGGGGCGUUUAAGGAGGGGGCUGAGUGGGUGUCGAAUGUGAUCGGGGUGGGGGCCAGUUUCGGGAUAGUGACGUCUCUCCUGGUGGCGAUGCUGGGCCAGGCUCGCUACAUGUGUGUCAUCGGCCGAUCUUGUGUGGUCCCCUCCUGGUUUGCGCAGGUCCACCGCUCCACCUCUACCCCUGUCAACGCCUCUUGCUUCCUCGGGAUGUUGACAGCAGCAAUCGCGGUGUUUACUGAUCUAGAUAUCCUGCUGGAUUUGGUGUCGAUCGGGACUCUGUUCGUGUUCUACAUGGUGGCGAAUGCAGUGAUAUACCGGCGCUAUGUGGGCAUAGGGACGACGAAUCCAUGGCCGACUCUGUCUUUCCUCUUCUGCUUCUCACUCACUUGUAUCCUCUUCACUCUCCUCUGGUACUUGACACCAUCAGGCAAGCCCAGGCUCGUGAUGCUCGGAGUUUCUGCUGCUCUCGCCAUUGCUCUCCUGCAGCUCUUCCUCUUCAUGGUCCCUCAGGUCCGGAAGCCCGAGAAUUGGGGGGUCCCCUUCAUGCCCUGGAUCCCCUCCAUAUCCAUCUUUCUCAACAUAUUCUUGUUGGGUGCCCUCAACAAGGAAUCCUAUCUCCGAUUCGGAUACUUCUCCGCUCUCACCCUGCUCCUCUACCUACUGUACAGCCUGCAUUCCAGCUUCGACGCCGCUGCAGGAGAGAGCAUCAAGGGUACGGAGGAAGUUCAUAUUCCUUAGCUCUCUUUAAGGUGGUGGGUGGGUGGGUUCAAGGAUUACAUCAAUACUCUCUGCUCAACAACUCUAUAUCAUCCAUCUCAUUUUGUCUCUCAAAUUCGUAAUACAAAUAAAUUACUCUAAUAGUAGUAGUAGUACUACUACUUAAGUAUGCAUAUACCUUAAUACUCUUGCGUUUGACCAUUUGAACCAAAAAAAAGUUGGCUCCAAAUUGAAACCUAAAUAAUCGAAAAAAUUGUCAGAACUCACAAUCUCAAAUUGCUUUGCCGGUUCUAAUAAAAUAACUACUAGUAUAAUAAUAAUAUUGUUAUAUCUACGAUUUCAUCUGUAAUGGUUUAGGCCCUUUUCUAGUUUUUUAAGCCGAUGUAAUUUAUCUAUCUUGUAAAAAGAAAGUACUUCUAUAAAAGUAGAAUCAUUCAAUAAAGCUCAUUAUAAACCUACUUUUAUCUUUA